GGCCCGGCCUUUGCCCGGAGCGGCGGGCACUGUCCCGGGUUUUCCCCGGUGCCCUGGCCAUGGCGCUGUCCCCGGUUUUCCCCGGUGCCCUGGCCAUGGCGUUGUCCCGGCCGUUCCCCGGAGCCCUGGCCAUGGCGCUGUCCCGGCCGUUCCCCGGAGCCCUGGCCAUGGCGGUGUCCCGGCCGUUCCCCGGAGCCCGGGCCGUGGCGCUGUCCCGGCCGUUCCCCGGAGCCCGGGCCGUGGCGCUGUCCCGGCCGUUCCCCGGAGCCCGGGCCGUGGCGCUGCGGGCCGGCGGGCGCGGGGCUCGCCCGGGCUCGGAGCCGCAGGACGCCGGGCACAGCCCGCGGCACCGCGACCUGCGGGAGGCGCUGCGGAAGAUCAUUGACAAGGAGAUUAAUCCCUUUGUGGACAAGUGGGAAGAAGAAGGACAGUUCCCAGCACAUAAAGUGUUUAAAAUCCUGGGACAGGCUGGAUUCCUUGGUGUGGAUAAGCCAACAGAAUAUGGAGGCAUGGGUUUGGACUUCUCCUACAACAUUGCAGUGGCAGAGGAGCUGGGGAAUAUCCGUUGUGGAGGAAUUCCCAUGGCCAUUGGAGUGCAAGCUGGCAUGGCUACCCCUGCCCUUACAAGGUUUGGCUCUCAUGAGUUGAAAAAACAGUUCCUUGUACCAACUAUAGCUGGUGAUUUUGUGGCUUGCUUGGGAAUCAGUGAACCUGGAGCUGGGUCGGAUGUUGCAAAUAUCAAGACAACAGCUGUGAGGAAGGGCGAUGAGUAUGUCAUCAAUGGUGCUAAGAUGUGGAUCACCUCUGGGAGCCAGGCAGACUGGAUGUGCCUGCUGGCAAACACCAGUGAAGGACCUCCCCAUCGAAACAAAUCUCUCAUUUGCCUGCCAAUGAAUCUACCUGGCAUUCAGGUUGCUAAAAAGAUAGACAAACUGGGGAUGAGGUCAUCGGACACUGCUCAGAUCUUUUUUGAAGACGUAAGGGUCCCCUGCAGGAACGUCAUCGGCGAGGAAGGGAAGGGUUUCACGUACCAGAUGCUGCAAUUCCAGGAGGAGCGGCUGUGGGGAGUGGCCACUGCCCUGACACAAAUGGAAACCAUAAUACAAGAAACCACUGAGUACACCCGUCAGCGGAAGGUGUUUGGGCAGCCUGUGCUGCACAACCAGAGCGUGCACUUCCGCCUGGCCGAGCUGGCCACCGAGCUGGAGCUGCUGCGCUCGCUGCUGCAGCGCGCCGUGGCUCUCUAUGUAGAAGGCAACGAUGUGACAAAAUUUGCUUCCAUGGCUAAGCUAAAGGCAGGUCGUCUGACCCGUGAGGUGACCGAUAGCUGUCUCCAGUUUUGGGGAGGAAUGGGAUUCACCAGUGAAGUUCUUGUGAGCAGGUUUUACAGGGACUUGAGAUUGAUGUCAAUAGGAGGUGGCUCAGAUGAAACCAUGCUUUCCAUCAUAUGCAAACACAUGGACGUACUUCCAAGAAAGUGAUGCAUCUCCACUCUUCCUUGAAAAUGAAGAAAGCAAGAGCAUGACUUGUGCUGCACACUGAAGGUGACAAGCAGCCAAGACGCUUCAAGCUGAAAAGAGAUCAGUAAUUUUGCCAGCAAAAUGCACAUCAAGGUCUUUCACCAUUACCACUCUGCGUUUUCCAGCGUCAAAUUUUUGUUGAUAUGGAGCACUCUGAAAGCCUACAGCCCCCUGCAUUCUGUGUUUUCAGUGGGUUACUUAAGUUUUCCAAUGACCCAUCCUAAGCACACAGAAAAAAAUGUGUUCUUUAGUCAAGCUUUAUCAACACUUUAGAGCACCUAAGCUGACAAUUACAAAACAGAAGCUGUGUAGCUUAAUCUCAUUUCAGUAUAGCUUUGCUUUCAAGAUGAACAAUUAUGUCACAAAAUGAUUCCCUGCCAUAAUCAAACCCCAGAACAGUGCCCUUUCUCUUUUUUGCCCCUCUCUAAUUACAGGUACCUUUCCUAUCUUUCACUUUUAGCAAGCAAUCAUCAAAAUGAGCUCUGUCAUCUUUGCCAAAUCCAUAUCAAUUUGUACUCCACUCUGUCAUGGACUUUUGGUGAUGGGAGUAGUGUUAAAUUUGUAUUUGCAGAACUCUACAAACAACUGUUUAAGUGUAUCUGAAGCUUGUGGAGGCCUGAACUUCAGCAGCAAUGUAUCAUGUUUUGUGCAUAAUUAUUAAAAAAAUAUUACAAUAAAAUAAACACGUUAAUAUAAAAACAAUAUAAAAUAAAAAAUAAACAUGCUAAUAUGAAAACUGUG